AUGUCUCCCGCAUCCAUAUUUCUUAUCAAGCCAGCACGCAGCGAUAAAAUUCUAACCAAUCAGUUGGCAACCGCUUGGGAGUUGGCAUCGAGCAUCUCGAUUCGGAAGCAACGAGCAGACUCUUGUCUUUUGUGCGUGUGUGUGUGCGUGCGCGCACGCCUGGGUAUUUUUCAUUUCUUUUCUGAUUUCUCACUCUACCUUUCUUUAUCUCUCCAUUCAUCUCCCUUCGGCGUGUUCUUCCCACUGCAAUUCACUUUCCCUCUUUUUCCUUCUCUCUAUCUUUCUCCUUUUGAUUCCACUGUUACUAUCACACACUCACUUUUUCCAUCUAUCUCUCCAUUCUAUCCUCUCUUUUCGAUCUCUCUCAUUUUUAUCUUAGCACACAUACUCUCUCUCUCUGUCUCUAUCUAUCUAUCUAUCUAUCUAUCUAUCUAUCUAUCUAUCUAUCUGAGUAUGUUAUCUAUCUAUCUAUCUAUCUAUCUAUCUAUCUAUCUAUCUAUCUGCUCUCAGGCAUCGCUUUUUUAA